AUGUUUUAUUAUAAUUAUGAAAAUUUGGAUACAAACUAUUAUCGUAUACCUCAUAUAAUAAAUCAAAUAUAUAAUGAUAUAAUUAAUAAUAAUAUAAUAAAAGAAAAUACUGAUGUUAUAAACAAUAAUGGAAUAUUUGACAUUUUAAAAAAACAAAUAACACAAGAAUUUGAUGAUAAAAAUAAACUUUUAGAUAAUAAUUAUUAUGAUAAAAUAAUAAAUGACAACAAGGAAAAAUUAAACCCCAAAUAUCAUAUUAUUCAAAAUAUACGUAAAAAACAAUUAGAAUAUUUAAAUACAUUUGAUAAUAUAAUCAUUCUAAUAGAAACAGAAUGUAUUAUAAAAACUUUAAAAGAUAAAAAUUUUAUAGAGAAACAAUUAAAUGAUAUCAACUAUCCUAAAUAUUUGGAAAAAAAAUUAGAAAAUAAAAAAAACAAUAAAUUAAAUGAAUUAAACAAAAUAUUGGAUAAUAUAAAAAAAAUAAUUAAUGUAGAAAAAAUAUCUGAAAAUCUAAAAUCUGGUGAAAAACUAUAUUCUGAAAUCGAAGAUGAUAAAUGUUUAAGUUUAGCAAAUAAAAAAGAACUUUACAGACUAAUAACAAUCAGAUAUAACUAUGUUUUAGAAUAUGAAAAUAUAGUUAAUGAUAUAAAAAAAAUAGUUGAUGAUUAUGAUUAUAAUAAAUUCGAUACCAAAAAAAUUAAAUCAUAUCUUCCAAAUGAUUUAAAAAAUAAUUUAUUUGAUUUAUUAAAUAACAAACAAAAAUAUUUAUUAUUUUUUAACGAAUUAAAAAAUAUAAAUGAUUAUAAUGAAAAUUUAUUAGAAAAACUUGAUAACUAUUAUAAAAACAUUAUAGAUCAAUUAUAUUUUGGUGAAGAACAUAAAAUACUAGAAAUUUUAAGAUUAUUAUUAUAUCAAAAAACAUUUAUAUUUUUAGAAUACAAAAAAAAUAUUGAUGAAGAAACUAUAAUAGAAAAUUUAAUUAAAAAUAACAGAGGAUCAUUGAUUUACAAUAUUAAAUUUGAUAACAACCUUGAUUCUUCUCAAAAAAAUAUAUUGAAUAAUCUAAUAACUGAUAAAAUUAAUAACUCAAUGGAUAAAUUAUAUGAUGAACUUUUAUUACUUUUAGAUAAAAAAACAACAUUCUCUAUUUACAAAACAAAUAUAGUACAUUUAAUGCUUCAACAAUUAAAACAAGAAAAUUUAACAAACCGUGAUAUAAAUACUAUAUUUACAAAAUUUUUAAACAAAGAAUUGGAAAAUGCAAUCAAAGAUUUUGUAACCAAAACAAAUACACUUGAUUCAAAUAUCAACAAAAAUUUAGAAAAAGAAAAAAAAUGGAAAGACUUGAUUCUUAAAAAUAAAAAUAUUAUUUUAGAUUAUGAUAACUACAAAAAUUAUUUUAAUUAUAAUCUAAAUAAUAUCAAUAUAGACUAUACACAAAGAUUUGUUAAAAGUAAGAGGAUAAAAAUUUUAAAAAUGCCUAAACAAAAACAAAUUAAAGAGGAUGAAGAAAGUGUUGAAGAAGAAGAAAUUGAAAUGUUAACAUCUGAACGUAUAAAGGAAAUAGAAAUAUGGUUAGAAAAAAGUAAAAAUUAUAAAAAAUCCGGUGUUUUCACACGUUUACAUAAUGAUAUUUCAAUAUUAAUCAAAGGAAAUACUCAUAAUGAUAAUCAAAUAACACAAUUGACACAAAAUCUUAAUGACCAAACACAAUUAAGACAAGAAUAUGAAGAAAUAAUUGAUGGUGCAUUAGACUCUUGUAAAGAAAUAUUAAAAAAUCUUGAAAUAAAUGAAAAAAUCGAUACUUUGGUUGAUGGUUUAAAAAUUAUAAAAGCACAUAUAAUAAUUUCUAAAUUUCUAUAA